GAGUUGACAUGAUCCGGUUUGCUGGUUUAUGCCAUUGUCUUUUGUACCGCGGAGGUUUUGCUACCUUAGAGGUUUGAAGCUUGGCAGUAGUUGUUGUUUUCUGUAGUCUCCGAGAUCAUGCAAGAAUGAUAGGACGAUGAGCUGUAGACACCUGAUUGGAGCUGGUUGCGAAGCAGAGAGAACGCCUAUCUUCUCAGCAUGUCCGGCAACGCGGACAUAACAUUAGUUAGAUCAACACCACCAGGGGCAGCAACAGCAUUAGCUGAGGUCCACCACAAUGUCCUUUCACCCAAGGGCCGUUCGGGCAAACGGGUGAACGGAUCAUUGAAUCUAGAAUGUUACUGGGAAGAAGCCAAGCGCAUUGAGCAGGAGUCACCUGGCAUAGCAGAGAAGCCGACAUCGGAGUACGAGGACCCUAAAGAGGAUAGGGAGACAGACCCGGAAGCUGAUGGCACGCCUGAACCAGGUCGGAAAGAUGCGCGGCCCGCCUCGGUGCUGUCACUCAGCGAGGCCGUCACUGUUGUCAAGCAUGUAGCCCUGCUCAGCGCCAUGGUGCGUAAGCGGCGCCAUGCACUGGCCCGCGCCAGCCUGCAGGAGGACGCGCCCGGCGACAGCGAGGUCAUCUCUCCGCUGCGGACGUCAUGUGACUGUGCACAUCACUACGCCGAUCAUUCCGACCCCCAUCCUGGUGACCCCCGCGACAACGACUAUCUGGUAUUACAGUACGGAGAAGACGGUCGUACGGAUGAAUCACAACCGCUGCCUGAGUAUCGACUGCGGUUUCAGCCGACGGGCGUAUCCUACAUGGAUGACUUAUCGGUUCCAGAUCGUGACAAGAUACGUCACAUUGCACUGCUGGAGCUGACGUCGCUGUUCGAUCGCCACAGCUUACCGCUGCGAGUGUCCCGUCCACCCAAGCGGAAAGCAACCACAUCCGAGUCUAAGGUUCUUGGUGUGCCGCUGACCACUCUACUGGAAAGAGAUCAGGAGCGGAUACCAACUGCCAAGUGUCCUGUCUUCAUGGAAGAGAUUUGUAAUUUCUUAGAUGAAAAUGCGCUGAAGGACGAAGGAAUUUUGCGUAUUCCGGGCAAUUCGGCAAGAUUAAAGAGACUACGGGAGGAGUUAGAGAAAGGGUAUGAUGAAGGCACGUUUUCUUGGGCUGGCCGAAGAACAAAUGAUGCAGCAACGCUAUUGAAGCAGUAUCUAAGAGAACUGCCGAUACCGCUCCUCACUCAUGAAUACCUUCGUGCAUUUGCGACAGCUGAAGCCAUUCCUAAUCGUAGAGAUCAGAUUGGCGCUCUUAACUUAUUGAUACUGCUGUUACCAGAUGGCCAUCGGGAAACGCUGAUGGUUCUCCUACGACAGCUGCGGCGAAUAACGGAGUUUGAAGAAUUUAACAAGAUGGGUUUAAGCAAUGUAGCUAUGAUUAUUGCACCCAAUCUCUUCUGUCAACUUGGGAAAAUGAGUCGCAAUGCUGAUAGCGAGGUAAAACUGGCAGCUGGAACAUCGCAGGUCGUGCGUAUUCUGAUCUUCUACUGGCAGGUGCUGUUUGUUGUACCCAACGUACUGAUAAGUCACCUGCGUGAUCUGAAUGAAGCAGAGGCCAGUCAAACACGAAAGGCGAAGAACUACAAGGAUGUCAAGAAAGUGCUGACAGCGCAGAAGAACAAGUCUUUGUCAGUAUCGCGCUGCACCGAGUUGCCAUCCCCGGUAGUUGGGAAAGUAUCCAAGAGCAAUCACUAUGUGAUAAAGGUUCUUUCUCCAGAGUUCCCCAGGAUAUCAAUGAUUCUAGAAAUUAACAACCACUCGCGGGUGUGUGAGGUCUUGACAAAUUUCCGACGCAAGCAGAUGGGCCUGAUGUCACCGUCUCACGGCAGCCAGACGGUAGAUGACUGCUCUAGCAUUAACGCGCUGGACCUGUCGAUGGGCAAGACGAACCACAAGCAGUUGUUGGGCUCAAUCGGAGAGGAUGGCUCGUCACCAUCGUCGCCGAGCAGCAUGGGAAUUGAUCACUUGUGUGUCAAAUCCAGCACGUCAUCGCUCCAGGACACCUAUACGUCGCGCCGCCACAGCUCGCCAGUGAACAACUCUGCCAACGGCAGGGUGAUCACCAAUGAGGACAUGUACGAAUGCGAUGGAAAUAUCGGCUCACGGCGACUGCGAGAAGGCGCACUUGUUAUGGAAAUCCUGAAAGAGAACCCUGGCACACGGUUCUUCGUCAGGAAGCGCUUUCCGAGUCCAGACGGCGCCCCGCUAUCCGUAUGUUGAGAGAAAUGGACAUAUGAAGUAGCUGGCCUAUGGUGUGCACUGGUGGUACGCUGGAUUGCACCUUGCCGUGGACGCCUAGAUGCUACUUGCAUGCACAUGUCAGUCAGUCAGUGUGUGCCAUGUAUGUACGCCUUGUAAAUAGCAUGCAAAGCAACCGAGACUUACUUGUUCUGCCUGGCACCGAUGAACACAUAUUGUUGCCGGGUUGAGUGGGCUCCCGUCAGGGGCCGGGGCGUCCCUGUACCUUGAUGAGCACGUGAUACAACUGGUACAAUGCUUGCGCCAGCUCAACAGCCGGCCUCCUUUCACCUUCGUUCACCAGAUUAUUUGUAUUCUUUUUUGUGUCUUUGGUAUUUUACUGUAGAUCUUCAUUUUGGCGUUUCUGUCCAUGUAUUUUCUUACUGACUUCCGUCGAAUAGUAUUUCUCUUGGGCGGGUUGUGCAUGUGCAUGCAUUCUGAGUGAAAUUGCAUUAGAAGCCCCUAUGGGUGGAGACUCCUUGAACCCCUUCCUGACCUUGAUGCACUAGAUCAAGCCUCAUACAUCAAUGCUACUCCCCCCUCCCUGGCGAACAAAACAGGAGUCGCGCAAGCCAAAGUAGAUCUGCUUCAGUUAUAUAAAUGCCAGCAGUUGCAGUGCCAUCCAUUUUUCUUUAGUUUCCGUCCUCCGGCUAGCUUGGGUUGCUGACUCUUAACUUCCUGUGCAUUAGUGUUGCGGCUCCAAUACUUAUGUCCAUAGUUUACCUGAGUUUAGUCAUCUGGGGCCACCUUCUUACUCUUUCUCUUCUUUUGUCUGCUGUAAGCAAGCUGGCACACAUGCUUCAUUGCUGUAGCUCUCCGUGCAACUAUCUCUCUCUCUCUCUCUCUCUCUCUCUCUCUCUCUCUCUCUCUCUCUCUCUCUCUCUCUCUCUCUCUCUCUCUCUCUCUCUCUCUCUCUCUCUCUCUCUCUCCCACAUACACACGCCUGUUUUCUUCGUCUUGUUUUUUAUAGCUUCUUGCUGUUGCAACUGGUUUUAGGUGCAGUAUCCAAAGUGUUGCUGUUGAACAGUCUGGCAUGGUGCUGCGUGUUGUCUCCGUGCAUGCAUUCACCUAUAGCAUCCAAUAACUCAGAUUUGACUCAUCUGUGUACAACAA